UUUUUGUUUUUUGUCAGCCACAACUAAAAUUAAACAAAUAGGUAGACAUGUCUUGCAAUGUUUUAAAUGUUGUGUUUGGUUAUUUUUUUACGUGAUAAGUUAUAAAGUAGUGUUUAAUAUGGUUUGUCCAGAAAGAGACUGGCUAACAGGGUAACUGAAAACAAUAUAAUCGUAUUAUAUCGGUCAUUCUGCUCCAACAAAAUGUCAAGGCAUCACUCAAAUCACUAUUCUUACGAGGACGAAGAGUACGAUUAUCCCCAAGAAGAUUACAAUAAUGAGUUUUAUUAUCAAGAUCAAGCGGGCCGUCCGGUAGUUCAUAAUUUCGCCGAACUAUAUGGAAGACCAGACGGCGGGGAAAUUGCGUCACCGCCACCUCAAAUAAAAAAGGAGCAUAGAAGAUACAAACAGUCGGCUUCCAUACCGCCAGAGUAUUUUUACAAUCAAGCUGUCGAGGAAGAGGAACGUAUGCAACAAAAAAAAUACGUCAAACCGAAGUAUCAGUAUUUUACAGUUGUGACUCCCGAGCAGUACGCUUACAAGCAAAGAGUGAUAAAAGCUUUCGGUCAACAGGAAAAACAAACCAAUAAAAGAUACCCCAUAACUGUGAAAACGCCAAGAUUCUUCAAGCGUUCCACUACGUCAUGCACUGUAUACAAACAACCCUCAACCCUUUGUCUGCCAGUGAUCUCCCAACCCGACCCCGCCACACACCGGAAAUCCAAAAGACAGGAACAACAGGAUGCUAUUCCCUUCGAACCCUCAUUGCUUAGCAAACAGCACCACCUUAAAAUCCCGCAGAUAGAGCCGCAUCAGAUUGAUUCGGAAGGUGACGUUAAUGUUAACGUAAAGGCCAGCCACCUGGAGAGAUUACUGGCUCAGUACGAACAAGAAUCCAAAAUGGACCCCUUGCAGGUCGACAGCAAGAGCGACCUGGCCAGGAUGGCGAAAUUCAUUAAGCCCAGAGUUCCCUCGUCGAUAAGACUAAAACAAGAAAGGCAUAAAAUGAAAGCUUUGUCGAACUAUGAAAUUACUAAAAUACCAUCCACACAAAUAAUGGCGCCUGAAGCUACCCUAGGUCCAGAUACUUUAGAUAAGCUCCUAAACCAGCUAAAAAAAUGUGAGGUAGGAAGAUCAAAAUCAAAGGAAAACCAAUCCUCUCAACCACGAAAAGAAACACAAGAAACCAAUGAGGUAUAUAACAAAAAUAAAAUAUGCAUCAAAGUAUUUUCUUUUUACUUUGCAGCAACAACCUGCGCCAUCCAAAUCAAAACUGUACAGCUACCAAGACAUCCAGGAUCAAUGGAAGAAAUCUCAAACCAACUGCAUCCAUCCCAAAAAUUCUUCCAUAUCCAGUUUAAACACCCAAUUUGAAGAAAGAGAGGGCAAACUGCCGUCUUCCUCGGCAGAAAAUUCGCGCUCUUUCAUGGCUGCUAACAGAACGCCACCCUUGGACGACAACUGCGCCCUGGAACUGCACAGGUCCAAGAGUUAUAUCGUCAAUUUGAUUGACAGGGCUUUGAGUAAAGAGUUGGGUACUAUACCGUGUGAGAGAUAUCGUCAAAAGCAGUCGGAAAAUAUGAGCACCAAGCGAGCUAUAGAUUUGGUAAACAGACAUUGUUCAUCGAAUGAUAAGGAUCUUACUAUUGAAUUUGCUCCUGGAAUGAAGGACUCAAACACGACCAAUGCUAUACGAGGUCUGAAAUGUUCAGCUUCGUGUUCCAGUAAGAGUUGCUCUUGUCAAGAUGAACCUACAUAUAUAAAACAGUUAAGGCAGUUGAGAUGGGGUCAUUUGAAACACAUCCAAAGAGAGGUGAAGAGAUUGGAAGAUCUGGAAAGGUUUUUAGAUGAGUGUAGUCAGGAAAAUGAAGAGUAAAAUUUGUAUAUUAAUAAUAAUAAUUGUUUGUCUAUGGUUCGGAA